AGAGGACGACUCGAACGAAAUCAAUCAAAACAUUCAAUCGCGAGAAGAGACAUUCUGAAAAUUUUCCAUUUUAUUUUAAGUUGUUAACUUUUGAUUUCUUUCGCAAUUUAGUGCUUCUAAUGUAGAAAAUUUGUGUACACUGAAAGUUCUCCACCUCGCUGUUAAACAUCCUCUGCCAAGAUGAUCUUGUCGCAUUUUAUCGAGAAGAUGAGGGUCGGAAAGAAGUACGUGCUGAUGGAUUUGAUCGUUCACCCGGACUGCCAGCGACCGUGGGAUACGGUUGGAGCGGAAAACAAAUUCAUUCCAGCCGAGGUUUGGAAAAUCAUCUACCGGAAGCUGGGUGACAUCUGCCGGAAGCAGUUUGCCGAGCGGGCCAAAUCCGAGGACAGUAGAUGCCAGCUGAACCAGGAGUACGAGUGUCGGUUGGAUGGGAAACCUGGCUAUGUGUUGCGGUACGAGUUUAGGGAUGAGAACGCCCGAUCACAUCUGAAUGUCGUUUUCAAUGAUGAUGAUCAGAAGCUUCACCGGGAGUGCUUGGUGGUCCACAUCUCGGAUGCAACGAAAGAUUUGCUCCGGGAGCUGGAAGAGAAGAAGAAGCUCAUCGAAAGGUUACAGAAGGAGAACAAAAAACUGAAGGAAAUGCCUUCGCAGAGUCAGGAGUACACACCGGUUCCGGUGAAGAAAUCCGGAUCUUCCGGGUCGAACGCGUCCAUGGAGUACAUUCCGACGGCCAUCAAUGGCAAAUCGCCAGCCUAUUCGUCUAGCUACAAGGCACGGAAAAUCGAAGAGAAUAUCAAGCAGGAACCGGACCCGUACACACCGACUUCCAGCCAGGAUUCCCUACCGGAUAAGGUCGCAUACGUUCCGAGAAGUCUGAGCACUCCGACCAGGUCGGAUACAAAUCUGAAACCAUCGAAUUCUAACUCCCUGGAAGGUUCCACCAUUGGCAAGAGGCGUCGCCGUGAGAAGGACAUGAAAUUGUUCGGGACCGACGACGAGGAAGAAGAAGAACCACCCAAAGUAGAGCCCACCCUCAAUCGUAGCGACGAGGAUAUGUUCAGUCCCGAACGGUCCCCACUACUGCAGGAUAUCAUAUCCAACAGCACCGACGAGCUGACGGGGGCUACGACAGUUGGCAGCAGUGCCAAAACCGAAAGCACCGAGGACUGCAAGCGCACGCAACUACCGCGGAAAACUAAAACCGGAGUCUGCUACAGUGGAUUGAUGAGCUCCGGCGAAUAUACUGCUUCCCCACCAACGUCGUCAUCAUCCUCAAGCGCGGCCAAACGGCGCCGGAAGGACGACGAGGAGUACGCACCCACGGGGAGCUCCUCCAAAUCGAUUGAAGGCUGGUUGAAAAAGUCCAGUCGGAAUAAGUCGGAUGAAAAUUCCUCCAAGGAUAAGGAUCAGGAUAAGCGCCGGAAGGGAAAGAAGGACAAGGAGAAAGAAGAACCCCCAGCGGAUGCGGCGGUGGCGGCUGCUGCUGCUGCCGAAGUCGUUCCACUUCAAGUCGAUCACGAAAAGCUGAAGGAGGAAGAGGAAAACAUGCGCAAAACGAUCGCCGGCUUGGAACAGCUGAACAAGAUGUUUCCCGAGGAUAAGUCCUUGCUGGAUAUUCCCAUUUUAAACUGCCAUAAGCUGUCUGCCGACGAAAUCGAGGCUACAUUCCACAACCAUCGAGACGCUUUGAGGUGCAUCUACGAUGAAUACAAGAAUAAAACGGAAGUCGAACUGCGCGAUUCCGAACUGUGCAACUACACCGAAGUAAUAAGUGUCCUCACCGACGAUCAAGCCUACGCCAUGAUAAGGUGCCUUGAGCAGGAACUGACUCCGGAAGACGAGCGUGGAAUGUACACGGAUUUUUUCGCCUCGACGCUGGUCAUGGAGUGGGGCCUGCGAGUUUGGAUGGAUUUGCAUCGAUUUGACGAUCGAAUAAAAGCGCUCGAACGCAUCAAACUCCAAGAGGAGGCCAAUCCCAUGGAUCUGACGCCGACUACUCUAAACUCGAUGAUGGGCACCAGUCGAACCCGGAAACGAUGAGACUGAGAGCAUUUAUUAGUAGCAACGCUGUCUCGAAAUCAACGUUGAUGUUCUAUUUUAUUACAGUAAGAUUUUUCUCGAUUCGUUGGAAUAAAAUGUUUUUUUGAAUUAUCGUUUAUUAGAA